AUGGCGCGCUCGUUGUGUUGCUGCGGAAACCGCACCAAAGUGGCCGAUUCCAGCGAAGAGAUUAUCGGAAAACAACAACUAAAGAAUGUGAGUUACGGGCGGCACUUUCCAAAAAACGGGCUCUGCAGGUGUUCGUCGUAUGCACACAGAAUGUCCUGACUCGGGCGCUCACCGGCAAACUGAUCGGAUCCCUCGAAGACCGGCACCUCAUUCCCGUACACAUGAAGCUACUCCGACCCACCCAGGAACUGAUAGAUGUAAUUGAAAAAGAAGAGAUCGCAGCAGCACCCGCCGCCCUCUUUGUUUCCAGAAGUCGAAUCUGCUGAAGAGCGAGAGACGCCGACAGCUCGACGACGCGUGGAUGCUGCUCAUCGUGCGUGGCAGGGAAGCCCAAACGAGAGUCUCCGAUUGUAUCCGGCGUUUUAAGGCACAGUACUCACUCCACAAGCGUGAGUACUGAAGAGAAUCAAAGCAAAAAGAGUCAAAGAAGAACGGGAAAGAUGUUUUCAGGUGAUAUUCUUUGGACGGACAACGAGCAACAGGCGAAGCACGAGGAGGGGCUCUGGUUCAAGUGAGUACUCGUUUCGUUUUUCGUUUUGUGCCGUAAACACAUGUUCCCGCAUGACUCGAAUUCAGAGCAGCUGCUUUGUUUUCAGAAAAGAAGAGAAUGAGAGCAGCACGUCAAACGGAGAAGCGGCGGCGGAGUCGGCCGAACAGAAUGGGUCAGUUGGACGGGGGAAAAGAAUGGGAUGAGGAUAAUGGAAAGCGCCAAUUUUAGAGUGGAAUCAUCCGCGAGCAGUGUGAAGGAAGAGCCCAUCUCGCAACUCAACUCCGACAUUUCCACUGAAGGUUUCGAGAACUUUAAUGCAUUCAUUUGAACAAAAACGCUUUAGGGCCACAGUUGUCAAUCAGCUCGAGCAGAAUCCUGACUCCGGAGCCCACUCAUCUGCCAGUGGCUCGAUACGAACCACCGAAAGAGCAACACGAAGAAGAGAUCAGAGAAGAAGCUGAAGGGCCAACUGCAGAAGUGAUAAGCAACACGGCAGUUAUUCUGGAGCCAUCUCCCAUUCCCAUUCCAGCACCCGUGAUCAUCAACCAACCAACUAAAAUCGAAUAA